AUGCGCAACGAGCGGCCCAAAAGCAAGGGCCGACUAGUCAAGCUCUAUGUGCAAGCCGAGACGCCGCCCAGCUCCCAAGACAGCAGCUCCCAAGAGGCCGAGCUCAAUGCGCUCGAGGCCGAGCACAUGGCCUUGCUCAAGCGAGCCAAGAUCCGCAACCUCCAGCUUGCCAACGCUGCGCUCCGAGAAGGACUUGCCCGAGGCGGCUACGUAGCACUCGGCCGAGGUCUUGCUCAGGACAUCAAUGCGGUACCUCGUGUCGCCAGUCCGCAGUCCGCCAACGACGAAGACGACGACGGAGUUGCACCGGACACCUCGGGGCCUCUCGUCGAGCCGGCCAACGAUCAAGAAGCCGCAAGAGACGACGGCGGCGAUGAAGGAUCCAAGGAAGAAGCCGGCGGCAACGAAGAGGCGUCGCACGAGGACGUCGGCGUAGUGCCAGUGGUUGCCAGUCCUCUGGCGACCAGCGAUACGGGCACCGAUGAGGACGAGACCAAGCAAGACGACAGCGACGAGGACAUUGCUAACGAUGACAUCGCGUCAGAACAAGGCGUUGAAGUGGACGUCGACGACGCUGGUGAUGACGCUGGUGAUGACGCUGGUGAUGACGCUGGUGAUGACGGCGACGACGAUGAGGUUGCACCGCUGGGUGCCGGCGCGUCGCAUCCGGUCGACAGUCCUCGAGCGACCAGCAAUCAGGAAACCGAUGAAGACGACAAAGUCAACCAGCAAGAGCCCGACAAAGACGCGUCUAGCCAAGGCGAGUCCGACGACCACCACCACCGCGAUUCUCCAGAGCGCCAUCGCAAGCGAUCGCCGUCACCAACAUCAUCCUCGCCGCGAUCCAAGAGACCACGCAGCACCCCGUACGUCCACAGCUCGUCCAUCUACUCACCCUCUUUUACUCAACCUGCCGUUAGCUCUUCCCCCGACGACGACAACCAAGACGUCGGGAGCAGUCACGACGGGUCCCUCAGCAGCGACGCCGAAGCUGCCGAGACAUCCAGCGGCGUUGACGUCGCGUCGCCAGAGCGUCGCCGUGGACUUCCUCUCGUCGUCGACGACGACGUUGUGCGACUCAACACCAAUACGGACGACGACGAGGCGCCUGCGCCGUACGGCGAAGAGCCUCACGACGAGCCCGACAUUUUUGACUUUGGCGGCGGCGAGUUCGACGAAGCCCCUGUGAACGACGACGACGAUAUGAUCCAUAACGACGAGGACGAGCCGCGUGGCAUGGUCGUCGCCAACAAGGCCUUGGCAACCCCAGCGACGCUGCGCCGCCUCCACGAGGCGCUUCGCAGCUUGGACGCUCGCCGCGACGCGCACCUCGCCUCUCGUCCGCGCCGAGGCCGUGGCAUCAAGAUGGACAUUAGCCAGCAUUUGAUUGAUGUCGUCGUCCAGCGUGGAAGCAUGAUGGCGACCGACCACGUCGCCGCCGACGCCGACAUGCACGAGCUUCUCGACGCACUCGCUUUGACGCCUCUGGACGAGGCGAUCGCGCGCUUCAUGGCCAUCGCCGACGUGCUCCAGCGUCGGCAGUGGCUGCGCCGCGACGCCGCCUUUGGCGAGUACUUUCGGACCACCGUGCAGAACGGGACACAGUAUCGCGGCGACCGGCGGGCCGUGGACGUCGACACUGGCCCGUGGGUCGCCCAUCCUCUCCAGCAUGUGUGGAGCCACCUCCCGACCGCGAUUUUUCCGUGGUGGACCGUGCGCGUGCACCCGUCGGACCCGGAGCCGCAGUCGAUCGGCCCGAGCAAUGCGUUCAUGGUCGGCAACGAACAAGUUGUCUGUUUUCCUGUGGACGGACUCACGGGUCGCGUCAUCUUCAACGCGCUGGCGCGACCGAGCCGCAGCAGCAACGCCGAGACCCGCGCCACGUCGGUCGAGCUCUUCCGCCUCACGCCCAACGACGCAGACGCCGAUGCGAUUCUGGCGCUCGCGCCAUAUUGGCUCGCUGCCAUCCAGAUGGAGCGCGCCGCACAUCGCCAAGACGAUCCGUGCCGCGUCGUGCCGCUGCCCGAAGUCUUUGAUGUCCUCGAGCAAGCGGUCGAGACGUGGGUCGCCAACGCCCAGGCGCGACGGCGUCCGGGUGCGGCCGACCUCUCGAUCCGCGACCAACUCGAUCUCGUCCAAGCGUUGGUGCCAUCGGAGCCAUUGGACCGUCUCGACCUAAAGUACAUGGGGCGCAGCGACGGCUGCAGCUUUGUGACGCGCGCGCGGUCGGUGCGCUGGCUGGUCUUUGACGUCUGCGCCGUGCUGGGCUGCUCGGCCAGUCGCUUGCACAAGCAGCGGUGUACGAUCCACAGCCGCGACAACCUCACCGAGUGCGUUGUGGACAGCUGCGACGAGCUCGGCUAUGGCGGCGAAGGCAUGUGCACCCGGCACCGCGCGCUGCCGAUUCCGGUCGAAGACGACGACUGA